AUGUCUCAGGAAACAGUCCGACCAGCGUUUGAGGGCCGUGAGCGCCCAAUAUUAGCCCACGGCGUCUCUUUUCCUACAGCUGUAGCUCGCCACACCGAGGACAUUUUCAAUGCCUCUCGCGUGUAUGUAAUCUGCUCUAGGACCUUGGCACGUACCACCGACACAUUGGGACGAUUAACUGCUACUCUUGGCCCGGACAAGGUAGUUGGUCGUCGAAUUGGCAUGAAGAGCCAUACACUAUGGUCCGAGGUGCUAGAGAUUACUGCAGAGGCUAGAGCCGCCCAGGCAGAUCUCAUCUUGACGAUUGGAGCGGGCAGUUUGACCGAUGGUGCGAAGAUCAUUGCACUAGCCCUCGCAAAUGAAAUCCGCACUCCAGAAGAACUGGGAACUCUCGCAGAAGGUCCAAACAAGCGAAAGAAUAUCAAGGCACCAACCGUGCCUAUCAUUUCAGUGCCAACAUCCCUUUCUGCCGGCGAGUACUCUAACUUCGCAGGUGGCACGGAGGACAGCUCAAAGCGUAAAUACAGCUUCCAGACACCAAUUUGUGGACCCGAGCUGGUAAUCCUCGACCCAGAACUGGCCCAAACCACUCCGGAUUCCAUUUGGCUCAGUACAGGCGUGCGGGCUGUUGACCACUGCAUAGAGACGUUGUGCGCUGUGGUGGGUACAACGACGUCAUCGGACGAGCUGGCCCAGCGGGCAUUGAGCUUGUUAGUUCCUGGCUUACUGCGCUGCAAAAAGGAUCAUGCAGAUCGUGAGGCGUACUUACAAUGUCAGCUUGGGUCAGUUGAAGCUAUGGCAGCUUGUACGAGCGGGUCGAUUGAGUUGGGUGCUAGUCAUGGCAUUGGCCAUCAGCUUGGCCCACUUGGCGUCGGUCAUGGCGAGACUAGCUGUAUUCUUCUGCCGGCCGUGUGCAAAUACAAUGCCAAGUACAAUGCGAACCGGGAUCAACAGGACAAAGUGCGCCAGUUCUUGAUUAAAGAUCCUGUCGUGUCGCAGGUGCUACGCGCACGGUCAGUUGAUGUCAAUGCAUCUGAUCUAGGUGACAUUUUGGAUGCUAUCAUUCGUGAGCUAGGAAUGCCUCGGACCCUAGGUGAUGUCCGAGUUGGUCGUGACCAAUUGGACGGGUUGGCAGCAAACAGUCUGCACGACCGGUGGUGCAAGACAAACCCGGUGCCUUUGAAGGAGAAGUCUCAGGUAUUGGAGAUUUUGGAGAUGGUUGUUUAG